AUGAAUAAUUUACUUGAUCGUCAAAAUGUUCUCGAUAAUCUGACAGCAAUUGAAACCACUGCCAAACUACUUGUCAAUGCUUUGACGACGAGGCCCGACGAUACAGAAUUGAGCUUCAAUGAAGUUCAACAGGAGGAAUUAAUUCUUCAGUCACAAACGUUUCUCACCAAAGCACGACAAGUAGUAUUCAAUGUGUGGAACAAUCUAAAUGCUCCAAAAGACAAGUUAUUCGAAAAAACAAAUGGAACAUCAUCAAUGAAUGAUGUAUCACAUAACGGUGGCGACGAGAACAAAAUAUCCUCAUCGACAAAGAACUAUUCCUUAUCAUCAAUUACAUUAGAUGAUAUUGUUCAAAAUCGAGUUACAGUCAAAGAUCUCUUUCCUAAUUGUUCACUUCUGCAAGAUUCGCAUUCGCCAAAUCUUGUUUCAUUAGUUCGCAAUCUUCGCCAGAUCGAUGAUGUCCAUGGUAUGCUGAUGAAAGCUUACAUGAAAAUUUUCAAUCACGAUGAACGAAUCUGCUGUAAUUAUAAUGGCACGAACGGUAAACUACCUUAUCCUCGACAUAAACAACUUCUGUUCGACCGUCUUGUCAAGCUGAUUCUUGCCGAACGUGAAAAAAUCUUCGACGAUAGUUUCUAUACGCGAUGUGAAAAGCAUUUCUCGUCCGACACACCUUCGUUGAAAUAUCGAGGAGUGAAUAUCGAUCAUUUAAACGAAAAUAAUAAUUGCACUGAUGAAAAACAAUUUAUCUGUGCGCUUUUUCGUCUGGUUGUUCCAUCGGAGAACGUCAAACAGAUUCUCGCAGCCAAACAAGAUCUCACAUCGCAAUGGAAUGAGAAUGAUAUAGAUAUCUAUUACGUACAUCCAGUUUACUUACUAUGGAUCAAACAAAAAUGGAUCGAACGUUUUCCUAUAGAACACAAUGAUGAAGCACAACGAUGGUCACAGUGUAUCGAUUGGGCAAUUGAAUCAUUUCUUGAGAAAAAAAAGGUUCGACCAUCGAAGCGAAAGACAAUGGAGGUCUCCACUGAUCAUAAGCGAGCGAAACCGUCGAUAACUCUCGAAGAAAAGCUCAAACAAAUCGAUCGGACAAAGUUCAAUGUUUACGAAUUUGCCACGGAACUUCUUCAACACAUUUCGGAUGAGAACAGUCAAACUCUACCUACGUUUGAACAAUUACGAAUAUUGGAAUCGAGUGUAACACGUUUUUAUUGGACACCUGAUCAGGACGAAACAUGGUAUCAAAUCUUAGAUUUGCUCACGAAGAUCUUUCUUCAAGAGUCAAAUGAGGAUUUUCGGCAAACAUAUUCGAAGAAUUUAAUCGAACUCAAUCCCACUCAUCAGAUAGAAAUCGAACGCUUAUUACAAAUCAUCACACGAGAAUGA